UAUAAUCUAAAAUUAUCUCGAAGCUUUAUUUCCCUUGACAUACUAAUUAUUAAAUAUAUUUUAGGACACAAAGUGAAGGAAGACAACAAUUUGGAUUUUGGACUAUUAGAGCUUUGAGAAUAAAAUUUAAGAGAUAAAGUAUUUAGCCCAAAAUCCCACUUUGGGCCAAUUCUUAUCCAAGUCAUUCCUAGCCUAAUAAUCUGUUGAAGACUAAUCCCUCUAUGUGUCGAUCUGUUUAAAGCAAUCCGAAUUGCCGAUCUGUUUAAUACUCCGUAGACAAGUGGUUGGCAGAUCUAUUGCAGGUGCAGGAAAAAAAAAAUAAACCCUAAUCAAAAGUGAUAAAACCGGAAACACAUGCUCCCUAGAUAACACCGCAGAGAGAGUCAAGCGGAAGAAACAGAGAGUCCUCUUCUCCAACUCAAAUUCUCAUUCCAAUUCUAUAAAUUGGGGACUUCAAUCAUGAAAAAAAGGGGGGCGGAUACGGGGAACAGAUCCGAAACAGAGAGGGAAACGGAACAGAGAGCCGACCUAGGGUUUCGACCCUAGGUCCGGCGCGGCACUCGGCGACUCAACUCCGGUGAUGGUGGCGACGGGUACUGGAGCAGGGGACACAGGCAAGGGCUAUUGUGGAGGAAGGCAAUGGCGUCUGGUGCUUGGAUUUUUGCACAGUACGAAGAAGCACACUCCAGGGAGCAACUUUUUCCCUUUCCAAUCUGAUUUUGUUUUUAUAAGGAUUUUAGAUUUUCAAAACUUUACAGCCUGGCAUGUUGAGAUGGUUCCAGUUGAACGUGAAGAAAAAGAACAAGAAGAGCAAAUACAUGAAGUCCAAGAAGAACUCUUGGGAUUGCAAUCAGCAAUUGACCCCUUCGUUCCCCUGAUUGAUUGCUUCCAAGAUGACUUCUUCAAUUUUACGAUUGUUGCUGAUCAAGAAUCUGGGCGUGAUCAAGAAGCAACUGCUCAAGUGGAUGAAGAUGAUUAUAUUGGUGGUGAUAAUGAUGAGUUAAAUGAGGACGAGUGCUUUAUUCGGAGGGACGCUCCUUCUUUUGAUACGUCUUUUGGUAAUGAGGUAGACGCGACAUUGGAUGGUGGCUUUGAAGAUGGGUCGAAUUUGGCCAUCGGACUUGAGUUUGCUGACAAAAGAGAGUUGAAGAAGAAGAUGGCUGAUGUUUCCAUACAAGGACAUUUUGAAACAAAGACUGUGAAGAGCGACAAGAAGAGGUAUCACAUCACUUUUAAUUUGAGGAAGCAUUAUCCAAAGAUGUGCAAAAAGGGGUUGGAUAAACUUUUUGAGAACCUUGCAAAUGCAUACACCAAACGGUCAUUCAAGAGGUUGUAUGGCGACUUGAAAGCAAGGUACCCAGCUGCUGGCAAUUACAUUGACAAUAUCCCAAAGAAAAGAUGGGCUAGGGCGUAUUUUGAAAUAAACCGGUACCAAAUCAUGACGACAAAUGGCGCCGAAUCAAUGAAUAGCGUGUUGAUGGAGGACAUGGAACUUCCUAUUGUUGCACUUUUAAAAGCAGUCCAGAACAUGACAUCAAGAUGGCGUGGAAAAAGGCAACAAGAGUUAAGGUCUCUCGAUGCGUCAAAUCCCCCUGUUACCCCGGCUGUUGAAGCUGAAAUGCGCAAGAGAUUCAACACCGCCUUGCGCUUGGAAUGUCAUCAGUUGAAUCAAUACGAGUUUGAAGUCAAGGGAGUGCACUCUGACCAUGUUGUUAACCUUUCAAAUAAAACUUGCACCUGCCAAGUGUUUGACAAGGAUAAGAUACCUUGCUUGCAUGCACUCGCUUGUUCAGAACGCACAGGCAUAGAUUGUUAUAGUCUGUGUAGUAAAUUAUACACAAAGGAAUACAUGGAUAUCGCAUACGCGGAAACAAUCUACCCCGUGCCACAUGAAGAUGACUGGGAUGCCGAUGGAAUGGAGCUCAUAGAAGUCAAACCCCCUACAUUGAACAAGCAAAGAGGAAGGCCAACAACGAAGAGAUUUCCAUCGGACGGCGAGGCACGAAAAAAUAUAAAUUGACAUGUUCUGGUUGCCAAGGAAAAGGGCAUACAAUACGGACAUGCGCAAAGUAGGGAUGGCAACGGGUCGGGUUCGGGUCGGAUAGUACUAUACCCG